AUGGUCUUGCCCAAGAUAAUUUCAGUUGUGAAGGCCAAGAGGUUGCUUAACCAAGAGGAACUUCUAGGUCUGCUACCACCUAGGGAGAUUCAUUUUGCGAUUGAGUUGGAGCUAGAAACCAUUCCUAUAUCUAAGGCUUCAUAUAGAAUGGCUCUAGUCGAAUUGAAACAAUUUAAGGUCCAAUUGCAAGAAUUUCUUGAUAAAGGAGAACUGAACAAAGUGACUAUUAAGAAUAAGUAUCCUCUCCCUAGAAUCGAUGAUUUGUUUGAUCAAUCACAAGGUGCCACAGUGUUUUCCAAGAUUGAUUUACGCUCAGGCUAUCACCAGUUGAGGAUUAAAAAUAGUGAUAUUCCUAAGACUACAUUUCGCUCUAGAUAUGGACAUUACGAGUUUAUUGUAAUGUCGUUUGGAUUGACAAAUGCUCCUGCAGUAUUCCUGGAUCCAGUGACUUUUCUAGGCCAUGUGGUGUCUAGAGAUGGAGUUUCAGUGGAUCCAGUAAAGAUUAAAGCGGUUACUAGUUGGUCUCGGCCUAUUACAGUUAGUGAGAAGACUGUUCGUUUGUGGAGCGACAACGAGAAAUUUGGGUUGACGGUUGGCUUGGUGUUGCAAUGGCAGCGAAAGGUGCUGAUCCAAGUGAGAGCGAGAGAUAAACAGAUGAUAAGUUCUUCAAAGGGACAGUUAUGUGUACCUGCAAACAAUGGCAAUAAGAAUGAAAUAUCGAUAGAAGCUUAUAGCUCUCCAUUUUCGAUACAUCCUGACAGCACCAAGAUGUAUCAAGACCUGAAACAAUGCUACUGGUGGAAUGAUAUGAAAAGGGAAAUUGUUGAGUCUGUCAAUAACUACCAGGCUACCAUUGGUAUGGUGCCAUUUGAGGCCUUGUAUGAGAGGAAUUGUAGGUCUCCUGUUUAUUGGGACGAGGUUGGUCAACGGAAAUUGUUGGGUCCGAAAUUGGUGCAAAUCACUAGUGAGGCAAUACAGAAGAUUAGAGCCUGA